UGAUAGUGAUUUCGUAUAUUGGAGCGAAUAUGGUCGCUUCCGGUGAUAUAUAAACGAACACAUUAUAAGAGAAAUCAUCAAAUACCAGCUCAACUUUUUUUUACAAUGACGGCAAAACGGCUUCUGUCGUGAAUGCCCACAAUCACCAUGCAUGCUAUAAAUACAACCCUGGAUUGUAUAUAAUCAGAUCGUUAUUGUCUGUUUCGAAUUGGAUAAUUACAUUUUAUUUCACGCAGUAAUAUUCCAAGUGUGCCAAUACUAAGUACCGAGAACAGCAGAAUGAUACUCAAGAGCAUACAAGUUGCAACGGUAUCAGCCAGAAAAUGUUCUAGUUUUAUGUAUCGCCAAGGACAAUCGCCCGCUCCAAAUGUCCGUGAAUACUUUUAUUACAUCGAUCAUGAAGGAAUGUUGUUUCUGGACGAUGCUCGAAUCAAAAAUUUUACGUCAUGCUUCAAAGAAAAAAAGUUUCUCGAAUUUUUCUUCAAGCGUUUGCGAUUUAACGAAGGCACUCGAUAUCGGGAGCAUUUUCCGUUUUUAUCCCCAUGCGGACGCGAACGAAAUUACGUUCGGUGUGACGAUGUCCCGAUUGUAUUCACACACAUAUUUCAGGAUUCAAAGGGCAUUGAUCAACUGUCUUUUGCACAUGCCGGCGAUCUUCUCACUGUACCUUGGGAACCUGAUCGUAUAUGUAUGUUUCCACUAAGUGGACGAGUUUAUCAUCCUGCACCCGAGCGAUGUGGAUCGAUCGGUUUAGUCCGAUCAAAACUGGCUAUUGAGUUAAGUAAGCAUUUCACAUUCCUCGAAGGAGAAGAUGAGCCACCGACGCAUUUUGCGUGGAAAAAUACAACCUACGAACUGAAUCGAGAAUGGUGGAAAAGCACAUACAUCAGCGGGAGGAUAGAUAAAGUGGAAUAAAUUUCAUCGACAUAAAUUAGCAAAACUAGUUUAUUCUUCUUGCUUUCGUACAUUCGCUUGGUCAACGUACGUUCUAUAAUCUAUUGUAUCAGCUUUCACAAAACUAAUUGCUGAGAUAU